ACCCAUAUAUUAAUAGAAUAUUGGAAGCUGAAAAAUUUAAUGAAGGUGAAGUAUGUGAUUAUUACGCAUUCGUGCCAAAAGGAUAUUAUGCAGAAAAUGAACCAUUAGGUUUCUUUGAAUCAAUCGAAGAAAAGAUUGUUGAUAUUUACAAAAGAGAGUUAGCUUUAAAGGCUGGAUUAAAGCAUGAAACAAUAGAAAUUAUAAGAGAAGAUCGAAUUGGAGCUGUUAUAGAAAAGGGAUAUAACGAAAUUAUUGAUCAGAUAGAAGAUGAAGCAUUGCAAGAAUCAGGAUGGUCUUUUGUUCGAUCAGAAAAAGUAUAUCUUGAAAUAAGCGCUUUUAGGCCAUUGCGAGAUAGUAGUUAUCUACCUUUACCAGAAGCUUUAGAUAAACCUCAACUAGGAUUAAUUAAUCUGCAAAAUAGGGACGAUAAUGAGUCAAAUUAUAAAGGCAUAAAAUUUCCAGCAACAUUACACGAUAUAGAUAAAUUCGAGGAAAUUAACCCUAACUAUGCUAUUAAUAUAUUUAGGCCAGUUUAUAAAGAAGCUUUCGGAAAAAUAAUAGUAGAUAUAGACCCAUUACAUAUUUCAGAACGAAAUUACCAAGUCGACAAUAUGAUAGAUUUAUUAUAUUUAACAGAAGGUGAAGAGAAUUUAAAUGACCAAAAAAACAAAAAUGAUAUACCAGAAGGACUUAAAACACAUUAUGUCCUUAUAACAGAUUUUACACGAUUGAUGCGUAAAUGGAAUAAUCAUCAUGGAAAGAAAUACUUUUGUCGAAAAUGCUUGUGUUUCCCAUAUAGUCAAUUAGAUUUAUUAGAAAAGCAUAUUCUUACAUGUCCAGGUCCAAGUAAAGCACCUCAACGAUUAAUUCUUCCGGAAGAAGGUAAAAAUUAUGUAAAACCAAAUUAUAUCAAAAAUAUGAUGAUGAAGCCUUAUAUAUUCGAAGCAGAUUUAGAAGGUGAAGAGAUCGAAGUGGAGAAAAAAGACAAUGAAGGAAAUACUAUAAAAGUAGCAGAGCAAAUAGCAGUUUCAUAUGGAUAUACGAUACAUUGUUCAGAUGGAACAACACAAAAACCACUAAUUAAUCGUGAAUCAGAAAACGUAAUAAAGGACUUAAUGUAUAAUCUUCAAGAAGAUCUAGAUAUUAUUUUAGAUAAGCUCUGUGAUCCAGUUCCAUGUGAAAAAAUGACUCCUGAAUUAUGGCGAAAAUAUCAAAGGGCAAAUAAGUGUUGGAACUGUGAAGGUAAAUUACAUGUAGCUAAAUAUAAUAAAAUUCGUGUAUUCGAACCUGAAACUAAAAAAUAUUUAGGUGCUUCGCAUAGGAAAUGUCACGGAAAAAAACCAAUGAUUCAAGCUAAAGUUACGGAUGAAAAAAUAGUACCUAUAGCAAAUAAUUCUGAGCAAUAUAUUACCUUUUCAGUUGGUCAGCUUCAAUUUAUUGAUAGUGUAAAAUUUUCGUUACCUAGUUUAGCUAAGAUGGCAGAAAACUUACGUGAUGAAAAGAAGGGUCAAACUAAAACACCAGAACAACUUGCCAAAUGCUUUCCUAUUAUGUCAAAAUUCAUCUCACCUCAUUUGCUAUCUCUAUUAACACACAAAGAAAUAUUCCCAUACCAAUGGUUAAAUAGCAAAAAGAAAUUUAAUGAGACUAAACUUCCGUCACGUAUAGAUUUUAACAGUGACUUAGAUGGAUAUAAUUAUUGCGACCACAAUUGCAGAAUCGUAAAAUGUGAACAUGGAAAAAAGAUAGGUAAAUGCGAACAUAAAUGUCAGAAAUGUAAGCAUAAAAAAGAACCAGCGACUUCCCCAUUAGUGCAGAAAAUUUUAUCAUUAAAAGAAAAAUCAAAUCGAGGAUGUUGUUUAGAGGUUAAGUUAUCGAUUCCAAAAGAAUUACACCCCAAAUUUCGAGAUUAUCCAAUGUGUCCAGAACGAAAGAAUGUACCAUAUGAUUGGUAUAGUUCAAAGCAAAAAGAAUGGGCGGGUGAAGAACGGAGAUUACGUAGACUAAUUUCAGAUCCAGCAUUUGUCAGUCGGAAAAUUUUCUAUGAAGCAAAUUUAGUGGCAGUGCAUCGAAGACAGACUAAUAUAAAGUUAAAUAAACCUGAAUAUGUAGGAGCAUGUAUUCUCGAUCUUUCUAAAUAUUAUAUGUAUGAUUUCUGGUACGGAUAUCUCAAACCGAAAUAUGGAGAUCGAGUGAGACUUUUAUACACCGAUACAGAUUCUUUAAUCAUAGAAAUUGAAACUGAAAAUAUUUAUCAAGACAUGAUUGAUGAUUGCGAUUUAUUUGAUUUUAGUGACUAUCCAGAAGACCAUUGGCUAGUAAAGAAUCUUCCAGAAGAUCAGUGGAUAAUUAAUGAAGAAGGUAAGCGUGUUUUAAAAAAUACUAAGGUUAUAGGUAAGUGGAAAGAUGAAAAUGCAGGCAUUAGAGUUACUGGUUAUGCUGGAGUUAGAGCGAAAUGUUACAGUGUUAUUACAGAAAAUCCACAAAAAAAUAUGAUAAAAGCAAAGGGUCUUAAAAAAUCUCUUAUCAAGAAAGAGCUUACCCAUAAAAUAUUCGAGGACUGUGUUUUAGAGGGGAAAGAAGAUGUACCUAGAACCGCACAAUUCCUCCGAAGUUAUAGACAUCGAAUGUAUAGAAUAAAGCAAACAAAGAGAAGUGUUAACCCACUAGAUACAAAAUUAUGGAUAUCUCAAGAUGGAGAAAACGAUCCAUAUAUAUUUGGUGAUUGUGAAAUUCCGGAAGAAUAA